AUGGAUGUUGCGCCUGCUGAAGCGCCCCCUGUCGAGCUCAGCUACGUGCAGUACGAGCAUAAAUUCGAAGCCCAGUACCUUCCCGCUAUUCGUUCUCUCAUCUCUAAGGACCUGAGCGAGCCUUAUAGUAUCUACGUGUACCGAUACUUCCUGUGUCAGUGGGCUCAUCUUUGUUUCAUGGCACUUAAUCCUCAAGACGGCUCUCUAAUCGGUGUCAUCAUUUGCAAACUUGAGGUUCAUGCCUGUCGCUCAACUCCUACGCGGCGUGGUUAUAUUGCAAUGCUUGCAGUGGCGUCCCCUUACAGAGGCCAUGGCGUGGCUACUGCCCUCGUCAAAUGUGCCAUCGAUGCAAUGGCCAAACGGAAUGCCGAUGAAAUUGUACUCGAGACUGAAGAGACAAACGUACCAGCUAUGCGUCUAUACGAGCAGCUUGGUUUUCUGCGUUCCAAGAAACUGCAUCGCUACUACCUCAACGGUAACAGCGCUUACCGGUUGGUACUGCCUUUGAAAGUCGUGGACCCAGAUGAAACUCUUGUCGGGGACCUCCAAGAGCAAAAUGUCUGA